CGGCUAUACAGAUAGAAGGCUGGCCUCCAGGCUAGAAAGACGUCGCUACGCGGAUUGAUCCAGAAUUGUCUGAAAAAAGCAUCGACACAGCAAGCAGAUUCAACAUGGCGUCAGCAAGUGAGGGGUCUCCAACCGAAGUUUCUCAGAAGGGCGCUGGAGGCAAGAAAAGAAAGACUGGCGACCAGGUGGCAGUACGUAAGAAAAAUUCAGUCAACCAUCGGCAACUUGCAAAACAACGCAGCGGCCAUAUAUGUGGGGAGUGUGGGUACAAGGCACCUUACAUGUCUGACAUAGCCUUACAUAUGAGAUCCCACACUGGAGAGAAACCCUUCAAGUGUGACCAGUGCGACUAUUCUUCAGCACGAAAAGCCAAGUUGAAUUACCAUCUAACAAAACACACUGGUAAGAAACCCUUCAUGUGCGGGGAGUGUGGGUACAGGACAGUGUACAAGGGUCACUUGUUUGUACAUAUGAGGAUACACACAGGAGAAAAACCCUUCAAGUGUGACCAGUGCGACUUUACUGCUACACGGAAAUCUACCUUGGUUGACCAUAAAAUGAGACAUAGUGGUAACAAACCCUUCAUGUGUGAGAAGUGUGGGUACAGGGCAACUCACAGGUCUAUCUUAACCGUACAUAUGCGAACCCACACAGGAGAGAAACCCUUCAAGUGUGACCAGUGUGACUACUCUGCUACAAGGAAAUACCAUUUGGAAAUGCACGUGGCAAAACACACGGAUGAGAAACCCUUCAAAUGUGGAGAGUGUGGGUACAGGGCGGCUCUAAUGGUUCACCUAACCCGGCAUAUGAAAGGCCACGCAGAAGACAAACGCUACAAGUGUGACCAGUGCGAUUAUUCUUCUGCAUGGAAAACCGCCUUGGAUAACCAUAAAGCGAAACACACCGGUGAUAAACCCUACAUGUGUAAGGAGUGCGGGUACAGGACAACGCAUAUGUGUUACCUCUCUCGACAUAUGCGAACUCACACAGGUGAAAAACCCUACAAGUGUGACCAGUGUGACUAUUCUGCAACAAACAAAUCCACUUUGAAGGGCCAUCUAGCAAGGCACAGCGGUGAGAAACCCUACAUGUGUGGGGAGUGUGGGUACAAAGCAAGCAAGUCGUCUACUUUAGCCCGGCAUAUGAGAACCCACACAGGUGAAAAACCUUACAAAUGUGACCAGUGUGACUAUUCUGCAUCACACAAGUCAACGUUAAAAAACCACCAAACAACACACACCGGUGACAAACCCUACAUCUGUGGAAUAUGCGGGUAUAAAACAGUUAGUAAGUAUGACUUAUCCCGACACAUGAGAACCCACACAGGAGAAAGACCCUACAAGUGUGAUCAGUGCGACUAUGCUUCAAAAGACAAAAAUCACUUGAGGCAUCAUAAAUUGGCCAAACACACCAAUGAGAGACCUCACGUUUGUGGGGAUUGCGGUUAUAAAACAGCUAAUAAGUCUUCUUUAGUCCGACACAUUGUGAGAAAACACACAGGGAAAAAAACAAUGUGAUCAGUGUGACUAUUGUACUGGUCUAAAGUCUAAUUUGAACAAGCAUUUGGAAAAACACACCGGUAUGUGUUCGGAUUGUGGAUACAAAAAGGCUCGACGGAAUCACCUAUCCUAACAUAUGAGAAAGCACAGAGGACAAAAACACUACAAGUGUGACCAGUGAGACUUUUGUACGGCUUACAAAAAUGCCCUGACGAAUUUGAAUUAUAUGGGACAACACAAAGAAGAAACAGCUGUAGAUCUAAAAGUGUGAUCGAUCCUGUUAUGUCGAACACGAUUUCGAACACUUAGAACCCCCUGUUCGAUUUCGAACGAUUAGAACCCCAUGUUCGAAUUCUAUGUUGUAAUUGAUUCGCAUCUUAAAUCACCAAACGACUUGC